UCAACAAUGUGGGAGUUUCAUAUGCUUAUCCUGAAUAUUUUCUGGAUAUUCCAGACCUGGAUAAGACAAUUGAAAAUAUGAUCAACGUUAACAUCAUGGCUGCUUGUAAGAUGACACGCCUGGUGCUGCCCCGCAUGGUGGAAAGGUCCAAAGGGGUGAUCCUGAACAUCUCCUCGGGGGCUGGGGCGUGCCCGACUCCACUGCUGACUCUUUACUCUGCAACCAAGGCUUUUCUGGAUAACUUCUCCCAAGGCAUCCACGCCGAGUACAAGAGCAAGGGCAUCAUUGUGCAGAGUGUCCUCCCCUACUACGUGGCGACGAAGAUGUCCCGGAUCCGCCAGCCCACCUUCGACAAGCCCAGUCCCGAGACCUACGUCAGAGCUGCCCUGGGCACCGUGGGCCUCCAGUCCCAGACCAACGGGUGCCUGCCCCACGCCAUCAUGGGAUGGGCUGUAUCCGUUCUACCUACGUCUACUGUCAUUAAUUUUAUCUUGAAAAGACACAAACAAAUGCGGGACCAGUACCUGAAAAAGAAGAAGGAGAAGUGA